GCAGUAUGACAAGGCUCUCUCUAGUCAGUGCUAUAUUUAUCUUGUAGCUGAACACACAUUUGCAAGAGCUUGUUCAAUAACAGAAAGGCAACAAGCCAAGGCAGUUCGGUCCUAGGAAGUUCUUUCCAGCAUCCUCCCAACUCUGGGCUGACUGCAGCGGCUGAGUUUCCUGGCGGCCGGGAAGAGUUAACUGCCGACUUGCAACAAAGGAUGAUCUGACUUGCCUGUGGCUUUGUCCAAGGCGAAGAAAUAUUUGAUAAGAUGGAGUUCAACAAGCUUCUGAGUGCAUCAGGAGGACCGAAUCAGAGACGAGAAGAGGAGGCUCGUGCCAGUGCUGGCGGCACGGAUGCCGAUGUCAGUGAUGACCUGGAUUUUGUACAAAUGUAUCUUACCUGUUUACCUGAGAGAUACAUGGAGGCAAAGUUUACGCUGACAGCAUAUCUGGCAUGCUGGCUAAUCUUGAAACUCUGUAAGAGAGCUUUGGAGAAAAGAUGCUCAGCCUCUCAAAAGGCCCCAGAGCCAGUAGAAAAUUGCACAAGUGAAGGAGAGUUUGAAGAAGACCGGAGUUCUUCGGUCCCAAGUACGUUAGAGUUGGAGAUUCGUGGAUCAGGCCAAGAAACUGAUGAAGACUAUUUUGAGACCCAGUCACAUCAGAGUGAAUCACUGUCAGACAUCAAGACAGAGCCUUAUGAAAGUGCAUCAGACUCGGAGUCUUUUGCCAGUGAUGUAACAAGAGAAACCAGCCUGAGUUCAUUCUGCCUUUCUGCAGAACUAGAGGAACCAUGGCAGAAGUAUGCUGAAGGAAAAGUAGAAAAAGCUCCCUCCAAGGCUGAGUGUGCAAGACAUCUGGGAUGCAUGCAUAAGGAAGCAGGGGAACUGCCUUCACCUUUGCACAUAGCAGCUGGCAAAGGUGAAUUGGAAGUACAGGCAACAGUCUCAAAAACAGAAGAGAUCAGUGGAAAUGAGAAAGUGUUACCUUACAGUAUUACCUGCACAGGGUUUAACAUUAGUAAAGAGGUCCUUGCGUCACAGACAGAGGCCUCAUUGGUAGUGGAGGCAAAAUCUGUUGACAGAGAGCCACACCUGCAUAUCUGCUCAAAAAAUCUAGCUGAAGGUGCUGUUGGCAAAGGCAAUAAAAAUACAGAACGAUCAGUGUUUGCUUGUCACAGAGCAAACUCUGAAAACUCAUUGACUUCCCUUGAGACUGAACAUCCUCCUGCCCACUCAGAAGCUGUUUCAAGAUGCAGUCUGCCGAAUAUUCACUUAGAAACAAACAGAACUUGUAAGAGAAACUGUGAAUCAUCCAAAGUUAGGUGUAAACAGGAGUAUAUACUGAACACCAAGUGCAAUAGGAAGAAUGGUAUUGAGAGUCAGAAACCUGUAGAUGCACACUUGUGUGACACAAAGCUGAAGGCCACGGGUUUACCAUGUAUAAAAUCUACAUUUCUGGUGCCACCCACGAAGCCAGGGAUUGUAGAAAUGAAAUCAUGGCACAGUUCACCAGGAAACAUAAGUGCCCGAGAGGUCAGGGAACAUGCUAAUGACUGUAUUUGCAUGGCUGAUAAAUUAAGUUGGUCGUGCUCCAGAUUACCCCUAGGAAUGUCGGAUUAUGAAAAGGUAAGGGGCAAUUUAGAAAGGUUUGGUGACUGCCCACAGAAGUCCUUCAAGAUGGAAAAAGAGACAGGUAUUGAAAAAUCACUUCUUAAUACUCAUCUAGUCUCAAAUAAGAACCAGUUGGCAACAAGAUCCCACUGGAAUACCAGUAAGAAUUUGCAUGAUAAAUCAAAUAUCUUUGGCCUUUCAACAAAAAGAGCAGAUACACUAGAGAAUGAUUCUUUGACCCUAUCCCAGCUACCAUAUCACUCAGAGGAUCAUUCCAGACUGGAAACUCCUUCAGCUUUGGAGUCUCUACCAGCAAAUAUAAAUGCCAAAAUAGUACUAAGAAAAGAUCAGUUCAAAUCUGAGGGUGAGAUAGAAAUUAACACGUUCCUUCAGAAUCCUAGCUCUGAAUCUGACAGCCGUGAUGCUAUAGCCCAAGACAAUUAUCUGGGUGGCUAUAGCAUGGCAGAUAAGUAUGGCAAUACUUACGACAUCCACGCUUCCACUGUUAGCACAGAGGUGAACAUGGAGACAAAAUGCCUUGAAACGCAAAACACUGAGGCCUUUCUAGGGGCAGCUGAGAUAAGGAACAAUUCAGAAUUUGGAUUAGGUUGGGGAAUGUUUGAUGGGAUUCUGACAUUAAGUGGAAAAAAGGUCAUGGGGCAACAAGAGGAAACAGUGCUUCAAAACAUGAGCAGGGCGUCUGAUGCCUUAAAACGUCCUUCCAUUCAGGAGAGAACAAAUGUGCACCUCACAAGAAUAGAAAAGAAGGAUUUUUAUUGUGGUGGUGGUGGUGAAGAUGUCUCUGCUUUUGAACUAAUACCAACACCACAUCACAUUUGCCAGGAAGAAAAAUUGGAGAAUCUUUCAGAGUUAAAACCUCUCUUGAUUAAAUCUCUUGAUCAAAAAGGACUACUGUCAAAUAAGAUGGAUAGUGAGACCUAUGUGGAUGAAUUAACCACUGAGACAUUGGAACAUGAGAACUCAGCCUCUUCUCUCAUCACCAUGGUGGACACCACAAAACCACAGAAGACUCCAAAUGCACAACCCUGUUGUGGAAAUGAAAUUCAGCCUGUACAUGCUAUAUCAGGCAGUGAAGAUGAGUUCCCUGUUAGCAUCUCCACCCAAAAAGGUGAGGAGGAAGCAGAAGCAAUGGGUCUUGAUUUAUCUUCAGUGCCUGCCCCUGAAAUUAAUACAAGAGCUAGUCUUGAGAACAAUUCUCCUAGGACUAAUUUAAAUAUGGAAAGUACUGUACAAAACUGGAAAGAAGAGGGGUAUGCAAAUGCUUUGUUCUUAGAACCACUUGCCACUAAUACUGAGAUACUGCUAAUCAAGCCCUCCCGAGUGAAAGGUAGAGUCUUAGAAUCGGUCCAAGCAGUAAACCUACAGUUUGAACCAGGAGGCUAUACAGUGGCAGAUGAAUCUGUGACCAAAAAUAGACAGCGAGACACUUGUGUUAUCACUGCAGGAACACAGGAAAUAAAUAGCAAUAGUAGCCUGUGCCAGAAUGUCAUUGCUGGUGAUAAGACCCUAGGACAUAAUGUCCAUAGUAAGCAAAUUAUUGAAAAGGAAGGCACCAAACAUUGUGAUACAGCACAUGGAAAAACAGGCUUUUGUGAAGGUUCUCCAAGCACAGGACUGAACAGGAGCUUUUCUGCUGAGGAGCCAAAGUGCAUUAGCAGAGACAGUCAAUGGAAUCCAAGCACAGAUAUCUGUGACACUAAUGUGAGAAUGGACAGCCAAGAUAAUACCACCACAGGCCUAGAUAAUAUCAGCAUGGAAAGCACAAACAGUGAGGAGUUAAAUGAGAACCUAUUUAACUUCCUGGGUAGUAACAGCAGUUUCUACAAGGCAGUUCAGAGAAACAAUAAGGCUGGGGCCACAGAGAAAUCUUCCAAGCAGUCUAAAUUUUUAGCCUUUUCAAAAAUGGCAUCCUUCAGGAAAUCUAAACUAAUUGCUGAAAAUCAAGAUAGUGUCAAGGCCAAGACAGAAACAUUGGAUGGAGAUAAAGGGGAUGAGAUAGAAGAUGACUUGAAGUAUAUUCAAAGCAGUUCACCCAGCUCUGCUUUCCAAAGCAAGGAACGUUGCCUUGCAGAAUAUUUGGACGAUGAUGACUUAUUUUAUGAGAAACCUGCUGGACUCUUCAACAGAAUGAGCCUGAGAAAGGCUUCUGGCUCUGGCCGGAUACUUUUGGAAGGUAUGGGCACAAGUUCUUCUCCCAUAAUGACAAGAAGAAAGCACUCUGAAGGGAAAGUUUUAGGUUCUGUUGAGAAUAAUGACAAUGAGUCUGUGGAGUAUCCUGAACUCAAGAAAUCCUCAUCUGAGAAUGACUUUAAAAGAAACAAAAACUCGGAGAGUAAAAGAUUCAGGAGUCGGCUGGCCUUGGCCCACAGAUCCUUCUCAAGUUUUUUUGAAUCUAAGUCUCUGGAGAAGGAAAAUGCUGAACAGAGUCCAAAGUUUUCAGUGAAAAAUGAAAAGGAAAAAGCCAAGUUGCACCAAACAACUUGGAAAGCAUUUCUGAAAAGUAAGGAGACAGAUGGCCAAAAGCGGUUUGCCUUAAAUAGUCCUCUUCCAACACAGCAGAGUUCUUGUUCUAGCAGGAUCCCUGGCAGCUUUCCUAGAAGACCAUCCAAGGAAAAUCAGGAAGAUUGCAAUGGACAAGAGUUUAUGCAAUCAAGUGUGUCUAAUGGCUCAUCUGUAGAUGGUGGACAUUCUGAUUCCUCUGGGACUGGUGAUUUUCUAUCUAUGGAUACCAAGAGGAGGAAUCAUGAACUGAAUAUAAAAUGUCUGCAUAGCCUAGAUUGCAAUGGGAAAGAGGAAACAAUGAGCAGUGAUGGAGAUACAUCUUUUGAAGAAUUCUGGUUGAAAUCUCCAAUUAGUCCGAUUGACCUGCAGUCAUCGUUUUCUCACUUCACCCCCUCUUGCCCCCAGUUGUCAAUGUAUGAACGUAAAGAUAUGCCAUGUAGACCCAUGAGUCCCAAGCCACAGAGUCCUCGAACUGGUUCUCAACGCAAGGGUUUCCAUUACCCUGGAAGAUUAAGUUCCACUUCAAUGAUAUCUCUUGGAAACAUUUCAGUGAUUGAUGGCAACUUGGAAGCACCUGAGAGGCCAAAGACAUUGAAGCCUAGACCUAAUUUCUUGCAAUCUAUGCAUUCGUUGGAUAAUGACUAUCUGAGAGAGGACAGUGGGAUAAGCAGCCAGUCACAAAUCAGCUUGGACACGACUUCUUCAGUGAGUGAUAUCAUCAGAGACGAGGAGAAUAUCCAACAAAGUCAAAUCCCACCAGAAAAGAGACCAGGUGAGAAAUGGGGUCUCCAUUGCAGAAAGAGGUCUACCCAGAUGCCACUAUCUCCACCCUCACUCUCAAACAUAGAGAGCAAGGCCUGGAUACUUCCCUUCCAUAUUCAGGAGGGGAAAGCCAAAGAACAUGCCCAGAGGAAGAGACACAGACCCCUAUACAAGCGUUUCAGCUUUGAUGACACAUGGAUGGAAAGGAAUCGGAAGAGGAAGCUUGUUAAAGAGGCACAGUCAGACAGAGAGAUUGAAUCAAGUAACCUCCCAGAGGAUCAUUUAAAAGUUAAAAUGAGAUCAUUCAUUACUUCACCUGUGGCCUUUGAAGCCCUUCCUCUCAAGUUGCACCUCUAUUCCCAGAGCACACCUACAGGAUUAGACUGCGUGGGCUUGAGGCGGCGCAUCUCAUUUCCCGUCAUUGCUGAUGGAUCACUGGAGAAAACCAGUGAUGAUGUGGGAAGUGAAGAAGACUUGUAUGAAGACUUUCGAAGUUCUAGCCAUCGUUAUGGCCACCCAGGUGGAGGAGGAGAACAGCUUGCUAUUAAUGAGCUCAUCAGUGAUGGUGGUGUGGUCUACGCCGAAGCACUCUGGGAUCAUGUCACCAUGGAUGACCAAGAGCUGGGCUUCAAGGCUGGUGAUGUCAUUGAAGUAAUGGAUGCAACUAACAAAGAAUGGUGGUGGGGCAGAAUAAUGGACAGCGAGGGCUGGUUCCCAGCCAGCUUCGUACGGCUCCGAGUGAACCAGGAUGAACCGAUGGAAGACUAUCCUUUGAAGUUAGAAGAUGGCAGGGAGGACGACUCAAGAAAUGCUGCCCACCGUUAUGGAGUGGGGCAAACAACUAAGGACCAAAUGAGAACCAAUGUUAUCAAUGAAAUCCUAAGCACGGAAAGAGAUUACAUCAAGCACCUGAAGGACAUAUGUGAGGGCUAUAUAAAACAAUGCCGUAAAAGAGCAGACAUGUUCACAGAGGAGCAGCUGAAGACAAUCUUUGGGAAUAUUGAAGACAUCUACAAGUGCCAGAAAAAAUUUGUUAAAGCACUGGAGAAGAAAUUCAACAAAGAUUACCCACACCUCAGUGAGGUGGGCUGCUGCUUCUUAGAAUAUCAAAACGAGUUCCAGAUCUAUUCUGAGUACUGCAAUAAUCACCCCAAUGCCUGCAUGGAGCUUUCUCGACUCACCAAAGUGAGCAAGUAUGUUUAUUUCUUCGAAGCAUGUCGCCUGCUUCAGAAGAUGAUCGACAUCUCUCUGGAUGGCUUCCUCCUGACUCCCGUGCAGAAAAUUUGCAAGUACCCCCUGCAGCUUGCAGAACUGCUGAAGUAUACCAACCCACAACACAGGGAUUUUAAGGACGUCGAAGCCGCUUUGAAUGCCAUGAAGAACGUAGCACGACUCAUCAAUGAGAGGAAGAGGCGUUUGGAAAACAUAGACAAAAUUGCUCAGUGGCAAAGUUCAAUAGAGGACUGGGAGGGUGAAGAUGUCCUUGUGAAGAGUUCUGAACUUAUCUACUCUGGGGAAUUAACCAAAAUUUCCCAGCCUCAAGCAAAGAGCCAUCAAAGAAUGUUCUUCCUCUUUGAUCACCAGCUUGUCUGCUGCAAGAAGGAUCUCUUGCGACGUGAUAUCCUGUACUAUAAGAGUCGAAUUGGCAUGGAUAACAUGGAGAUUCUGGAUGUGGAAGAUGGGAAAGACAAGGACUUCAACAUCACCAUUAAAAACGCAUUCAAGUUGCACUGCAGGGACACUGAAGAAGUCCACUUAUUCUGUGCAAAAAAGCCAGAGCAGAAGCAGCGUUGGCUCAAGGCCUUUGAGAAUGAAAGGAAGCAGGUUCAGCUUGACCAGGAAACCGGUUUUUCCAUUACUGAGGUGCAGAAGAAACAAGCCAUGCUUAAUGCCAGCAAACUGAACCAGAGUGGAAAACCAAAAGUGGUCACCCGGACAUAUUACGAUUUCUUGAUGCGCCAGAAGCACCCCACAUUGCCGACAAACCUCCCUCAGCAGCAAGUUUUCAUGCUGGCGGAGCCCAAGCGCAAGCCUUCGAAUUUCUGGCAGAACAUCAGCAGGCUGGCACCAUUUCGAAAAUGAGGGGAAGCAGCCUGAUCUUGUGCCUGAAUACCUUCUGAGAAAGCACUUUAUGCAUCAGUCCUGCAAAACAAAGCACUAGCUCCCCCUCCUGGCUUUCAGAGGGAUAGCAUCUUCCCUUUACUCCCUUGUUUCUUUUGCCAGACUGAAUGAGCUCAAAAGUGUUACAACAUGGACCAUUUUUGUUGUUGUGUGUACGUAUGCGUGUGUCUGUGAAAGUGAGCUGAGCCUGCCCAUCUCUUUUGAAUACCCAGGAAGAGAAAGCAAGAGGCUUGAGUUAGAACAUAGUUGGAACCUUUCCUGUUUUCUUUCCUUAAAAAAACACAAAAACCACCCUUAUUUUGUUGUUUUCCUUUUGGACCAUUCCUUCCCUUGGGACCAUGAUUUGCUUGCAGUUUCAACAAGGCUGCCAGACAAAAUAGGGGCAAGGGGAUGAGCAGUCCCAGUGCCAGCUUUGCAUUUGCUCCAAAAAGCUGUUCGAGUGUUGUUGCUGCUGUUACACAGUUUUCUCCUGGGACGACGGACUCCUUUCCCAUCACCAUCCUCACCCAUUUUCACAGAAAUCCUGAAGAAUCCGAGCAUGGCCAGGGAGCCACCUUCGACCUUCUUUUGCUGAAAGCAGACCUACUGACCACAAACCAGAACCUGACUGGCCAACCUGAAGCAUGACUAACAGCCGAGACCUAGUUGAGUUAAUGUACCUUGUGGGGGAGGGGGAAAUGUGCCUAAAUUAACUUUAAAUUACUUUUAUUCUCUACCAACACUUUGCCAUAGUUCUUGGCCAAUGAAUUUUUUUUUCUGUCAGUGUUUUUAAAUGUUUAUUUAUGGUAAAAGUGCAGAUAACUGUAUUUUGUAAGAGUUUGUAAUCUGUCUUGUCAGAUGUUAACUUGAUGCCUGUUUUGUCUUUUUUUCCCCACUAAAGACAAAGGCCAACAUUUGUAAGCCUAUAUUCCUAAAAAAAAAUGAGACGUGUCUGAAGGUGAAUUUCAGAUGUACCAGUACCACUUACAAGCAAAUCAGUAUUAUCCUUGGGAACUGUGCCACCCACGCAAUAGUCUGCAGAGGCGGUGCGGGGAUAGGAAGCCUGGGCCACAGAGUUCCAGAAUUUAUACAGAAGGGUGUAUAUAUAGACACACUGACACUUGAAAAUGGUGGGCAAAAAUACCCAUGUAAUCCUUGACUAGAAAAAGAGAAAGAUUUGCCUUACUAUAGCAAGAUAGCUAGAAGCCAUAACUGACUGAAUCCCAUCCUUUAGGGAUUUCCUGGUACUGUGAACUUAAAAAGAAAACCAUGUACUCUGGUAUGAGACUACUGUGAGGGGGUGAGCACUCAGAAGUCUGCCACAGAGAUGCAGUGUCCAACUACGGCUACCCAGCCGAUAGUUACGCAAAUCCAGAAGCAUGUACAAAUUCAUUCUUGCACUAUAUCUUUCCCCUCGUGGGAGGGGCUACAUUUAAUUUCAUAAAGAAACUUGUAAAAGUGAUUUCCACUCCGUGUGUGUCUGUUAUAGAAUUCUUGGUCCAACAGUCUCGUCCUUUUGCCUGGUUAUUCUUAAGUGAGGAGCGAGCUGCCUAGCAGGCUGGGCUCUAUUGCCUUUGUUUCUCUCCAGGUCCAGCCAUGUCGACAGCAAGGAUGUGGAAUCCAUGGUCCUCAAGCUCUUGCUGAAUUUUUCAACUCCCAUCGUCCUUGAUAGGCCACGCUGGCUGUAGUUUAUAAGAGAGGACUACCACAUCCACACCAUACACGUAAAGCACUCUCACACUAUUGUAAGUCAUGCCCCCCCCAGUGCAAAUCCUGGGAACUAUUGUUUAAGGCUGAUGAGAACUGUAGCUCUGUGAGGCAUCUCCUAACACUCGGCACCCUUAACAAACUACAGAUCCCAGGAUUUUGCACAGUAAUCCUUGACUUUUAAAAUGAUGCGAGAACACUUUACAUGUAUGGUGUGGCUGUAGCCCAAGGAAUCCAGCAACAGCUAGAGGACCUCAGUUUCCCCACCUGGUCUAAAAGCUGAUUCACAUUACUUAAGGAUUGUAAAAGAUGCAUGUGAGACUGCAGCGUCACGUGAUGACUUGUAUGUGGACAUAAUUUAACUUUUUACAUAAUUUCAAACAUACCAAGCUGGACCCCAAGAUUUCAGAGCUUUUGCUGAUGCAACGGGGCUUUCACAUCUCCUUGCUGUUGCAUCCCUUAAAGCAGGCCCUGUGAAUUGAAUGGGAUGCAGCAGGGCAGGGGAACUAAGCUAGGCUAACUCAUUGCCUUCUGCUCACACAAGCAACCAUUAAGACUAAACCCUUUAUUUUUCAGUUUACAUAACUGGCUGGAAGUCUUCAACUGAUGAGAAAUGAUACGCAUGCAUCCCUGUUUGAAGCUUUCUUUAGUGCAAUUACACUUUGAUAGCUCCAGCACUCUGGGCUGUAGCAUGGGAUUUGGAGAGGCUAGAUGCCAGUCCAGAUAUAGCCAUCAUGUACAAGAUGACUCCUAAUUUGUUAGUACUUUUCAUCUCUUGAACUAUUUAAUGUUGCGGUGAGGUAGCGUGAUUUCCAAGCCAUUCAUUCCACAUGAGUGAGGCUAGAUUAACAAAAGCCACCAGGUUUUACAAUGAGACUCAAAAAUGGUGUGCCGCAACAUGAUCAAGAGCUAAGAACGCUUCUGUCAGAUGUGUAGACCUGAAAAUACCAAUCGUAUUAACGACACAGUUCAACCUAGCCAGCUACUAAGCACAGAAGUAUUUGAAGAAAAGUGUAGUAGUCGUCAGAGAGAGGAAGUCCAAUAGCAAAAGAGAAAGACCAGCCUCAAAGUAAUGCCUUUGCUCAACCAAUGCGAACUAUGGCCAGUGCUGCAAAUGAAAGCACUUUUUAUUUGUUGAGUAAACAUAUCUCAGGAAUUAUCAGUCCCAUGGGAUAAAUCGUAUACUGUAGUAUACAGCAGUACAGAUCAGGUACUGAAACAAGGAGCAAGGGAUUAGUACUGAACCAAGCCAGAACACCCCACAACUGGGUGGCAAGGACAUCCUGCUGCUUUUAACAAUGGUAGAUGGGUGUGAAGUUAGUAGCCUGCAGAGCCCAGAAAAGGAAUGCAAGAACAUAGCUUCCAUUGUUCCAGGGAUGUGGAACAUGAAGCCCCCAAGAGUUGAUUCAAGUCUAUAAAGGAUGGAUAAAAUGGAUUAAAAGUCUAAAGAAAACAGGUAAAACUUGUGGAGUUACUAAGAAUUUAAUACCAAGAAUUAAACAUGCCUCUGCAUCCAUGUGAAAUAGCUUUAUGUGGAUCUGCCACCACCCACUACUGGAAUACUGGUCCAGACAAGUGCCCUCCAUCCAAAAAAACCCGCCUCACACUUAGCUUAGUGCCUGACAUACUUCAGAGUCCUCCUCAUAUCCUAUAUAAACAGACAAGAUUGCCAUAUUGCUGUUUUCAGAAGCUUCAUAGAAUAAGCAGAAUUCUCAUUUUUGGGUUUGUAUAUAUACAGUAUAGGAAAUCUAACUUCCAUAGAAGAAUGUCAGCACAGGGAAAGCUUCUUAUGAUAAUUAUCUGUGAAAGCAUGCAGUAAUAUAGGAUCUUUGAUACCACCAGCAAAAGGGGAAAGUGAGCUAUACAACCAACUGAAGGACUGAUGCCAAUUUAACACUUUUUCCAUUUGAGUAAAGAAAGCAGCUGUUUUGAUAUGCUGUGGUUGAUUUGAAGCAGCAAGCUAAGCAUACAAAGUUACAUUACAGAGCAAGGGCAGGGAACCUGGGGCUCUCUGAAUGUGCAGAUGCUCCAUCAUCUCCAGCUAGCAUAGGCAACUGGAAGGUAAGAUGGGAACUUUGAGACCUGUAGUUGUUCCAAGAAAAAAAAAACAAGACUAAAGGACCACGAUAAGCAACACAGCCAAUCUUUAUUGAAAACUGAAGUAUUAAUACAUAACAAUUCCUGUUACAUAAACGUGCUUUUAAGAAUUUAACUCUGAGCUCAUCUACUCAUUGGAUUGCAUAAAAAUAAAAAUGAAUUUUACACAGUUGGCUCAGAAUGAAAUUGCCACUCCUAUGUGUUGAUGCAAUAGUUCAAUGCAGAUAUGAUGCUUUAAACUGGUUCUGGAAGACAACAUUGACCUAAACUUGGAAAAAGUACCAAUACAACUGCUUUAAGACAGUCUUCUUU